CAGGACAGGGGCCCGCCCUGGGCCAGCAGAACAGCAUCCCAGCUUACUGCAGCCACCUUGCCUCCAUUCUGCUCUCUGCCACUGUCCUACCCUGUGCUAGGGGUGCAUCAACCCCACCUCACCUGGCCUUUUUUCCUUGGAGUCCAGCCUUUGAUCAUUGGUUCUCCUCUGUCUCCAGACCUCCCUCUUGGUGGUCCUCUUUACCCUACAUUCCUUUCCUCUGCCUCACCUUCCCUCUUUGUAGAGUUCUUUUGUCUCCAGGUACCCAUUGCUGACCUCCCUUGGAAAGAUCAGGGAGGCCCAGGCCAUAGGGGAAAUGAGGGAGGUUCUGUUCCUGGGCCUUCUGUUUCUUCAACUGCUGUGGGAAGCUCCAGUGGAGGCCUCAGGACCUGGGAAAGAGGUCAAGGUGGUGUGGGCCCAGGAGGGGACUCCUGCCCAUCUACCCUGCAGGCCCACAAUCCCUAACCAGGAUUCCAGCUUUCUGAGGAUAAGAGGGGUCACUUGGCAGCAUCAGCCAAACAGGAGGAUGCCCUCGCCCCGGGGGCGGGCGCCCCAGCGCUACACGAUGCUAAGCAUGUCUUCAGGAGGCUUGCUCAGCUGGAGGUUGCCGGUGAAUCCCCGCGUGCAGCUGGAGGAGCGCGGCCUCCAGCGCGGGGACUUCUCACUGUGGUUGCGCCCGGUCCUGCGCGCGGAUGCCGGCGAGUACCACGCCUUGGUGCGCCUCGGAGACCCGGACCCGGACCGCACCCUUGCCUGUCAUCUUCUCCUGCGCGUAGGCCAGGCCUCGAUGAUUGCCAAUCCCCCAGGAGUCCUCAGGCCGUCAGAUCGGGUCAUUUUGAAUUGCUCAUACAGCCGCCCUGACCCCCCAGCCUCUGUGCACUGGUUCCGGGGCCAGGCCCGAGUCCCUGUCCAGGAGUCCCAUCACCACUUAGCUGAAAGUUUCCUCAUUCUGCCUCGAGUCAGCCCCCUGGACUCUGGGCCCUGGGGCUGUGUCCUCACCUACAGAGAUGGCUUCAAUGUCUCCAUCACCUACAACCUCAUGGUUCUGGGUCUGGAGCCUCUGGCACCCUUGACGAUAUACGUUGGUGUAGGUUCUAGAGUGGAGCUGCCUUGCUAUUUGUCCCCUGGUGUGGGGACCCCUUCUUUCCUCAUUGCUAAGUGGGCCUCUCCUGGGGGAGGCCCUGACCUCCAGGUGCCUGGGAAGGAUGGCAACUUCACCCUUCUACUUAAGGCUGUAAGCCUGGCGCAAGCUGGGACCUACACCUGCAGCAUCCAUCUGCAGGGGCAGCAGCUCAGCACUACUGUCACUUUGGCAGUCAUCACAGUCACUCCUAAAUCCAUUGGGUUACCUGGCUCCCUGGGGAAGUUGCUGUGUGAGGUAACCCCAACAUCUGGACAAGAGCAUCUUGUGUGGAGCCCCCUGGGCAAGCAGUCCGGGAAGAGUUUCCCAGGACCCUGGCUGGAGCUGCAGAAGGCCAGACUCCUUUCCCAGCCUUGGCAAUGCCAGGUGUAUCAGGGGGAGAGGCUUCUUGGAGCAGCAGUGUACAUCGCAGAGUCUAGUCCAGGUGCCCAGAGCUCUGGGAGAAUCCCAAGUGACCUCAAAGGAGGCUAUCUCCCUCUCUCGCUCUUCCCUGGUAUUUUCUCACUGUUCCUUUUGGUGACUGGGGCCUUUGGUUUUCACCUAUGGAGAAGACAGUGGCGCUGGAGAAGAUUUUCUGCCUUAGAGCAUGGGAUUCACCCUCCUCGGGCUCAGAGCAAGACAGAGGCGCUGGAACAAGAACAGGAGAUGGAGAUGGAGGGGCAGGAACCCGAGAUGGAGAUGGAGGGGCAGGAGCCGAAGCUAGAGCCGGAGCCCAGGCAGCUCUGAUCGAGAGCUGAGGCCGCCUGCAGAUCUCAGCAGUUCAGUCCAAAUAAACUCCCUGUCA